AGACUGCUGGCCAGUGACCAAAGGUGAGGCUGGUGGGUCCUCCCUGGCGUGGAGGAAGCGGGUGAUGGUGGGACCCUCUUCAGCUCGAAUGGAUUGGGAGCUGGGAAAGGAAUGAGAAGUUGGAAGUCAGGGACAAGAAGAGGCUAACAUGACUGAUACUGCUAUAAUUUAGUGAACUGCCCCUUUUCUAAAGAGGAGCACAAAGGAAAGACUGGUCCUCUCUUGCACAUCUCAAAACCAUGGCUCAGGGAUCAGUGUCAUUCAAAGAUGUGACUGUGGACUUCACUCAGGAGGAGUGGCAGCACCUGGACCCUGCUCAGAAGACUCUAUAUAUGGAUGUGAUGUUGGAAAACUAUUGCCACCUCAUCUCUGUUGGGUGUCACAUGACCAAACCUGAUGUCAUCCUCAAGUUGGAGCAAGGAGAAGAGCCAUGGGCAUCAUUUGCAGGUCUUACCUGCUUAGAAGAAAACUGGAAAGCUGAAGACUUUCUGGUGAAAUUCAGGGAACAGCAAGAUAAGUAUUUUAGAUCAGUUGUAUGUAUCAACCACAAAAAACUGGUUAACAAGAAGAAUAAUGUAUAUGAAAAGACAUUUACUCUAGGCAAAAACCCUGUUAAUUCAAAAAAUCUACCUCCUGAAUAUGACGCCCAUGGAAAGAUUUUGAAAAAUGUUUCAGAAUUAAUCAUCAGUAAUCUAAAUCCUGCAAGAAAGAGACUUAGUGAGUAUAAUGGAUAUGGGAAAUCACUCCUCAGUACUAAGCAAGAGACAGCUCUUCCUGGAGUCAAAUCCCAUAAUCAAAGUGGCAGAGCUUUUAGUCAUAAUGAAGUGCUUAUGCAGUAUCAGAAAAUGGAAACUCCAGUGCAGUCAUUUGGAUAUAAUGACUGUGAAAAAUCAUUCCUUAAAAGAGGAGGCUUAAUUACACAUAAUAGAGCUUACAGAGGGGAAAACCCAUCUGUAUAUAAUAAAAAGAGAAGAGCAACCAAUAUUGAAAAAAAACAUACCUGCAAUGAAUGUGGGAAAUCGUUUUGCAGGAAGUCAGUAUUGAUCCUGCAUCAGGGAAUUCACACAGAGGAAAAACCCUAUCAAUGUCAUCAAUGUGGAAAUGCAUUUAGAAGGAAGUCGUAUCUCAUUGAUCAUCAAAGAACCCACACAGGAGAGAAACCCUUUGUUUGUAAUGAAUGUGGUAAGUCCUUCCGCCUCAAGACAGCCCUCACUGACCAUCAGAGAACACACACAGGGGAAAAAUCAUAUGAAUGUCUGCAAUGUAGGAAUGCUUUCAGAUUGAAGUCACAUCUCAUUCGUCAUCAGAGAACUCACACAGGAGAGAAACCAUAUGUUUGUAAUGACUGUGGGAAGUCCUUCCGCCAGAAGACAACACUGUCUUUACAUCAGAGAAUUCAUACAGGGGAGAAACCCUAUAUUUGUAAAGAAUGUGGAAAAUCCUUUCACCAGAAGGCAAACCUUACUGUACAUCAGAGGACUCAUACAGGGGAAAAGCCCUAUAUUUGUAACGAAUGUGGAAAAUCCUUCUCCCAGAAGACAACCCUUGCUCUUCACGAGAAAACCCAUAACGAGGAGAAACCGUAUAUUUGUAAUGAAUGUGGGAAGUCCUUCCGCCAGAAAACAACCCUCGUAGCACAUCAGAGGACACAUACAGGGGAGAAAUCUUAUGAAUGUCCUCAUUGUGGGAAGGCCUUUAGAAUGAAGUCAUAUCUCAUUGAUCAUCACAGAACUCACACAGGAGAGAAACCAUAUGAAUGUAAUGAAUGUGGGAAAUCAUUCAGUCAGAAAACAAAUCUCAAUCUACAUCAGAGAAUUCAUACAGGGGAGAAACCUUAUAUCUGUCACGAAUGUGGGAAGUCCUUUCGCCAGAAAGCAACCCUCACUGUACAUCAGAAAAUACAUACAGGGCAGAAAUCCUAUGAAUGUCCUCAGUGUGGGAAAGCCUUUAGCAGGAAGUCAUAUCUCAUUCAUCAUCAAAGAACUCAUACAGGAGAGAAACCGUAUAAAUGUAACGAAUGUGGGAAGUGCUUCCGCCAGAAGACAAAUCUCAUUGUACAUCAGCGAACUCACACAGGAGAGAAGCCCUAUGUUUGUAAUGAGUGUGGUAAGUCCUUCAGUUAUAAGAGAAACCUCAUUGUCCAUCAAAGAACUCACAAGGGAGAAAACGUAGAAAUACAAUAAAUGGUGUGAUUUCUUUGUGAACCCUUUCCAAAUUAUUGUAAACCUUUAGUUUUAAAAAGAAAAGCAUGCUUAAACAGGUUAAUGUAAUUUUAAUCACAAAUGUAAUAAUAGUUAUUAAAUGAAAGUACCAAAACACGUAACUAUUUCUCUAAUGUUUACUAGCAUAUAAAAUGGAUGUUAUCAUUAUUAUUGAACUCCAUCAGAUACGAAGCUAACUUUUAAGGUUUUCAGCUGCUCCUGCUGACUCAAAUAGUUUAUUUUAAAAAAUACAUAAUAUGUGCAGAGGCAAGAUAUAAAACAAUUGUAAGCAUCAGUCUCUAUAAGAGAGGACAUAUCUAUGAACUGUAUUUCUCCUUCCACUCUGUGUAAUACAAAGAGUUAGUUGCUACUUCCGUAAAGAUUACUACUUUCCUAGCCUAUAAUGUCAUAAAGUAGUUUUUGCAUGUUUUUAAACUUUAUAUUUUUUAUUAUACAUCAUGAAUUCUUUUGUCUUAUUUCAGUGAACAUUUUUAAGAUUUGUACAUUAUUGCAUGUGGCAGUAGUGUAUUUUCAUUUUGUCUACUAUUCCAUUUUAAGAAUAUACUGCUAUUUAUCCUAUUGAUGGAUAUUUGUAUUUUUUAUAAUUUUGUGUUAUAAUAAAUAUACUGCUAUAAGUAUUCUUGUUUA